ACCUGAUAGAUUGACUGAGAAUCUUGACUAGAUCUUCACUUCAAUACAAGCUCGACCUUUCACUUCAUUUCUAAAAGGAAAGGAGCUGUGUCUUGCUUCUUGCUUCUUGCUUCUUGCUUCAGUCGUCAACUGAGUCCAGUCUAUAGCCUGCUCUUUCCACAACAUCACGGUUUACUUGGUGUACUCUCAACUGUUUGCUUAUCCACACAGCCGUCAUGGCACCGAUUCUGCGUCAAGAUGUUGAGUUCAAGACACUUGAUGGUCUCACACUCAGGGGCUGGCUUUUCCCAGCCGAGAAACGCGGCGCAGCCAUCAUCAUGACCCCUGGCGUACGUACUCGACCUGAAGCAUUGGGAUUGGGGCAGGCCCUAUCAUGGGAAUGGUCAAGCUAACGCAAAGAAAUAGUUCAACAAUGUCAAAGAGAUGAUCAUCUCUGAAGUAGCCGAAUACUUCCACAGCGAAGGCUUCACCGUCCUCAGCUACGACCCCAGGUCCAUCGGCGGCAGCGACGGCAUGCCGCGGAACGAGGCCCAUCCCUCCAAGAACGUCGAGGACUACCACGACGCCCUGACCUUCCUCAAGGGACAGCCCACGGUCGACCCGGCGCGGAUCGCCUUCUGGGGCUACUCCUUCAGCGCCAUGGUGGCGCUCUGCGCCGCGGCCCUGGACAAGCGGGCCAAGGCCGUGGUGGCCGUCUCGCCCCUGACCGUCUGGGAGUUCACCAAGUGGAAGCAGGUGCUGGCCAAGUCGAUGCGCGACCGCGAGAGCCGCAUGGCGGGCAACAACGCGGUCUACCUCCCCAUGCUGACCGAGUCUGGGGACCACCCGGCCGGGUUCGGCACGGGGUUCGACGUCGAGGAUGUGUAUACGAUUAUUAUGCGCGCGGCGGAGGUCGAGCCUACCUUCAGGCCCGAGACGACGCUGAGCACGUACUACCACAUUGCUGCCUUCCAGCCCUUUGGGCUCAUGCCGUUCGUGUCCCCCACCCCAGUUAUGGUGGUCACGGGUGAGGAGGACCUGGUUUCGCCGGCAGACUUGCAGAAGACGCUGGUGUAUGACGUUUUCAAGGAGCCGAAGGAGAUGCUUUCGGUUCCGAAUAAGGGGCAUAUGAAUGUGUUGAGUGGGCAGGAUUCGGUGAAGGUGUUGGGUGCUCAAGCUGCUUUUCUUCGCAAGAUAUUGGGAGAGUGAUGGAGGAGAAAGAUGUAGACGCGUGAAUAGGGGAAUUGGAGUUUUUCCAUCUUAGUUGGGUAUACCGUAUAUGAGAUUAGGCUUCAUGUUGGCUUGACUUGAACGGGCCGGUUUGAACAAUUCGAAUUUCCAGUCUUCUUAGCACCGUGCCCUCAACUGUUUUGACGCGCUGUUGCGGCGUCGCCCUCCAUAAUCG